UUUUUCUUUCCCCUCUUUGAGGCUUUCUGAUGCCUAGAGUGAGCUCAACUCAAAGGUUUCCAGCCUCACACUCUCCUCACAUUCCCCCACAGUCACAUCGAGCUCUGUGAUUCUGAGGAAGAUCGUGUGCCAGCAUCUGAUUCACAGUCUCCUUUUACCUGCAGGUGCUCCUGAAACUUCAAAAUGCGGCUGGAAGAACUGAAAAGAUUGCAGAACCCUUUAGAACAAGUUAAUGAUGGAAAAUAUUUGCUUGAAAAUCACCAGCUGGCCAUGGAUGUGGAGAAUAAUAUUGAAAACUAUCAUCUCAAUCUACGUCCCUUGGAAUCAAAGGUGAAAAUCAUCCAGCGAGCCUGGAGGGAGUACCUGCAGCGGCAGGAUCCCCUGGAGAAGCGGAGCCCAUCCCCACCAUCGAUGUCCUCAGACAAGCUGAGCAGCUCGGUCAGCAUGAACACCUUCUCUAACAGCAGCACACCUGAUUACCGAGAGGAUGGGAUGGAUCUAGGCAGUGACGCCGGCAGCAGCAGCAGCAGCAGCAGCAGCCGCGCCAGUUCGCAGUCCAACUCCACCAAAGUGACCCCUUGCUCCGAGUGCAAAUCCUCGUCGUCGCCGGGAGGCAGCUUGGACUUGGUGUCUGCCCUGGAGGACUAUGAGGAGCCCUUCCCAGUCUACCAGAAGAAGGUGAUUGAUGAGUGGGCGCCGGAGGAAGACGGGGAGGAGGAGGAAGAGGAGGACGAGCGCGACGAACGAGGGUACCGGGAUGACCGCUGUCCGGCUCAAGAGCCGGGGGACGUGACUGCCAGGACCGGCAGCGGCGGCGGGGGCAGGAGUGCCACCACCGCCAUGCCGCCCCCUAUACCUAACGGUAACCUCCACCCGCACGACCCCCAGGAUCUCAGGCACAAUGGCAACGUGGUGGUGGCCGGCCGGCCGAAUGGCCCCCGGGGACCCCGCCGUUCUCUCCAGAAGCCCCAGCUGGUGGGGGGCCGGCGCGGCGGCCGGGGCCCCACGGCAGGAGGGCUAGGCCUCCAACCCCCAGACGGCGGGACGUGUGUCCCGGAGGAGCCUCCGAUGCCCCCCAUGGACUGGGAGGCACUGGAGAAGCAUCUCGCGGGGCUGCAGUUCCGGGAGCAGGAGGUGCGGAACCAGGGCCAGGCGAGGACCAACUCCACCUCUGCACAGAAAAAUGAGAGAGAAUCUAUCAGACAGAAGUUGGCACUUGGAAGCUUCUUUGAUGAUGGCCCAGGAAUUUAUACCAGCUGCAGCAAAAGUGGGAAGCCAAGUCUUUCCUCUCGACUACAGAGUGGGAUGAACCUGCAAAUAUGCUUCGUCAAUGACAGCGGCAGUGACAAGGACAGUGAUGCUGAUGACAGUAAGACUGAAACAAGCUUGGACACCCCCUUGUCACCCAUGAGCAAACAGAGUUCUUCCUAUUCCGAUAGAGACACUACUGAAGAGGAAUCUGAGUCCCUGGAUGACAUGGACUUCCUCACAAGGCAAAAGAAAUUGCAAGCUGAAGCCAAAAUGGCCCUCGCCAUGGCCAAACCAAUGGCCAAGAUGCAAGUCGAAGUGGAAAAACAGAACAGGAAAAAGUCUCCCGUCGCUGAUCUUCUGCCACACAUGCCUCAUAUAAGUGAAUGCUUGAUGAAAAGAAGUUUAAAACCCACUGACCUGAGAGACAUGACUAUUGGGCAGCUACAAGUGAUAGUCAAUGAUCUCCAUUCUCAGAUAGAAAGCUUGAAUGAAGAGUUGGUCCAGCUGCUUCUUAUUCGAGAUGAACUACACACAGAGCAAGAUGCCAUGCUGGUGGACAUCGAAGACCUGACCAGACAUGCUGAAAGUCAGCAGAAGCACAUGGCCGAGAAAAUGCCUGCAAAGUGAAAAGAAGCUAUCAACCAGAGGACAAGCUAGAAUUUCUUUUGCUUCUGUAGUUGUGAAAAUGCUGUUGCUAAAGGUGGCGCAGAACAAACAAAAUCAGUGUUAGUCAUUGAUAAUGUCUGAAGCUUACUGUCCAGUGAUUGGCCUUUGCUUCUUAAUUUAUUUUAAUUUUUUACUUGUGCCACUAAAUACCAGGCAUUUUAAUAAAAAUAUUGUUACAAAAAUGUACAGUACUUACACCAUCACAAAUCAUGGUUAAUCAGAGAGGGUAGUUUUAACUUUAUUUUUAUUUGUUUAGAGAUUUUUCAGUUGGAGCAGUAUUUUACCAUUGACUACUUUCAUUCUCCACUGUAGUUUUAAAGAAGAACUGUAAAUGACGGUGCUAUACAAGUCAAACAAUACAUGCCUGCCUCGUAGUGAAGUUGUAGCUCUCCGUAACAUGUAUAUUUUAAUCAGUUUUCAACAUUUUGUGAAUGUUGACUACCUGAAGUUCAUUUUUAGAUGUGCUAUUAACAUUCUGUUGGAUUCAGAGGGUUCCUUGAAAGUUUUAUGUAUAAAUAUGUAAAAUAAAAAUUAAAAAUUUGUUUCAUAUGAUA